AUGAGUUCGACCAAUUCACAAGUGUGUUGCAGUCCUAGAUCAUCCAAACAAAAAGGAUUACCACAACAAUGUGAAUGUGGACGCCAGAUUAUAAAAUUGAUAUCGAAAACUUCCAAAAACCCAGGAAGAUUAUUCUUCUGUUGCGAAUCACAAGAGGGAAAUUAUUCACACGUAUGGAAAUGGGUCGAUGAAGCCAUUAUCGAAGAACUGCAAUCAUUGAAAGAGGAGAUCAAAGUUCGAAAUGAGAAGAUCGAAGUUCGGAAUGAGAAGAUCGAAGUUCAAAAUGAGAAGAUCGAAUUUCGAAAUGACAAGAUAGAAGUUCAAAAUGAGAAAAUGAAAGUUCGAAUUGACAUGAUCGAAGCUAGACUUAAGAGGAUUGAAGCUGAGGUUCAAGAAUUCAAAGCAAUUUGCCAAAAAAUGCUCAUAGGAAUGGUGGUUUUUAUUUCGGUUGGGUUGUACUAUUAUGGGUUAUUAAAAGAGUGAAGAUGGUUUAUGUGUUUGGAUUUGUCAUGAAGACUAAUGUUUG